CUUUAAAUCGUGUUUUUUGUUUUUGUUUCUGUUUAUUGUUAAUUUUGUCAUAUUAAAAAUAAACACAAUGACUUAAUUACUUUCAUGUUAACAUUUCUCGCUAUAAAAUAUUAUACAGAAUCUUUAGAGAAUAUCGAAUGAUGAGAAUUGCAAAACAUUUAAUAACGUUAUUAAUAAGUGUUUAUAAUGUUUAAUUAAUUAUUGGAGAAACGUGAGAACGUUUAUUACAAUGCUAAUGUGGAAAAUCAAGUGAAAAUGCCAACAUUCCUUACACCAAAUCGACAUGGCUAUUCUGUUAGAUUUUCACCAUUCUCACCUGACCGAAUUGCUGUUGCAACGAGUCAAUACUAUGGAUUAGCCGGUGGAGGUACAUUAUUUUUAUUAGAACUGACUCCAGAUGGGGGCAUCAUUGAGAUUCAAAGCCUCCAGUGGGGAGAUGGAUUGUUUGAUGUGGUGUGGUCAGAGAUAGAUUCCAAUACAGUGAUAACAGCUUCAGGUGAUGGUGGACUACAACUAUGGAAUAUUACAAACGUUCCAACAAUGCCUCAUAGUGUUUACAAGGAACAUAAAAAAGAAGUUUAUUCAGUAGAUUGGAGCAGAACAAGACAGGAACAGCAUAUGCUCAGUGCUUCAUGGGACUGCACCGUUAAACUUUGGGACCCUAACAGAUUAACAUCAUUAAGUACAUACUUAGGCCACUCACAACUGGUGUAUAAUGCAAUGUUUUCACGGCAUAUACCUAAUACAUUUGCAUCUGUUAGCGGAGAUGGAUUUUUAAAAUUAUGGAAUACAUUGAAUUCGCAGAGACCUGAUGCAAGCAUCAAGGCUCACGAUGCUGAGGUUUUAUCUUGUGAUUGGUGCAAGUACGAGCAAAAUGUUUUAGCUACUGCUGGAUCAGAUGGCUUAAUAAAAGGAUGGGAUAUUCGUAACAUGACUAUGCCUAUUUUUGAACUUAAAGGUUGUGAAUAUGCUGUUCGAAGGAUACAGUUUUCACCACAUAGCAUGAGCAUUUUGGCUUCAGUAUCAUAUGAUUUUACAACAAGGAUAUGGGACUUUAAACAAUCAGCGGACGCUAUAGAAGUUAUUAAACAUCACUCAGAAUUCACAUAUGGCUUAGAUUGGAAUAUUAAUAAAAAGAGUCAGCUUGCUGAUUGUGGUUGGGACUCAUUGGUACAUAUAUUCACGCCAAGAUGUCUACAGACAUGAAAUUUCUGUGCUACCUUGUAAGAAUUAUUGAAUUUUACCCGAGGGAGAAAAAAAUGUGAUAUGCAAAUUACAAUAAAACAAUUGGAUAUGUUUAUAGCUUUGUACUCAAAA